AUGCAUUGUUGGGCCUUUCGGACACCUCAUUCCUCUUUUAAUGACCUUGACUACCUAACACUUGAUUUAUACCGAAAUAAUCAUGCAAAACCGGAGCUUAUUAAUACUGUAAAGAGCCUGAAAGAUAUUUAUUGGGUCACUGAAUACUGGAAGUCACAUCCUCAAAAACCAUUUUCACUCAUUUGGCACUUGACUCGUACAGAGGCCGCUACCAUCAUACAAAAGUGCUGGCGAGAAUAG